UUCUGCUUUGUCACUUCAACAGGGAAGUAGGCAGCACUUAGGCACAUACGCACCACCAGCCACGACUGUUGUCUGUAGCUCUGUGUGAGUGUGUUUAAAGUCUGUCCCGUCGCCCGGGAUCUGUUGGGGUUUAUCUGCCAGGUUAUCAUCUCGUUAACGGACCUAGAAAAUGAGCGGCAUCCCCCUCUCUCGCUCCGAGGUGUUUGGGGAACUGAGGAAGGAGCUGCAUGAAGAUGAAGAGUUCCGUCAGACUGACGUUCACAUCUUCAUCAUCAUGGGCGCAUCGGGGGACCUAGCUAAGAAGAAAAUCUACCCAACUCUUUGGUGGUUGUACAGAGAUGGCCUCCUCCCUGAGCAGACAUAUUUUGUGGGCUUUGCUCGCUCUGACUUGACAGUAGAUGUUAUCAGAACUUCUUGCAUGCCGUACCUGAAGGUGCUGGAUACAGAAGCGGAGCGGCUGGCGGCCUUCUUCAGCAGGAACACGUAUAUCAGUGGGAGAUAUGCUGAUGAGGGUUCCUUCUCCAAACUGAACACACACAUCCUGUCUCUGCCCGGAGGACCCGAGGCAAACCGUCUCUUCUACCUAGCCCUGCCACCCAGCGUCUAUCACGAUGUUACCAAGAACAUCAAACACCACUGUAUGAGCACAAAAGGCUGGAACAGGGUGAUUGUAGAGAAGCCAUUUGGACGUGACCUCCAGAGCUCUGAAGAGCUGUCCACUCACCUCUCCUCCCUCUUCACUGAAGAACAGAUCUACCGUAUAGAUCACUAUCUGGGCAAAGAAAUGGUGCAGAACCUCAUGGUGCUGAGGUUUGGGAACCGAAUCUUUGGACCAAUCUGGAACAGGGACAAUGUGGCCUGUGUUGUCCUCACCUUUAAAGAACCAUUUGGCACUCAAGGACGAGGAGGCUACUUUGAUGAUUUUGGCAUCAUCCGUGAUGUCAUGCAGAACCACUUGCUCCAGAUGCUCUGCCUGGUUGCCAUGGAGAAACCAGCUUCCACCAGCUCUGAUGAUGUCAGGGAUGAAAAGGUGAAGGUGCUGAAGUGCAUCACUCCAGUGUCCUUGUCAGAUGUGGUGCUGGGUCAGUAUGUCGGGGAUCCAGAAGCUGAGGGAGACGCCAAACUGGGUUACCUUGAUGAUAACACAGUUCCUAAAGGAUCAACGCAGGCCACCUUCGCCACCGCUGUGCUCUAUGUGCACAAUGAACGCUGGGAUGGCGUUCCUUUCAUCCUUCGCUGUGGAAAAGCUCUGAAUGAGAGGAAAGCUGAGGUACGGCUGCAGUUCACAGAUGUGCCAGGAGACAUUUUUGGAAAGCAGUGUCGCAGGAAUGAACUGGUGGUGCGUGUGCAGCCUAACGAGGCCGUGUACGCCAAGAUGAUGAGCAAGAAACCUGGCGUUUACUUCAGUCCUGAGGAAACUGAGCUGGACCUCACCUACAAGAGCAGAUACAAGGAUGUGAAGCUUCCAGACGCUUACGAGCGGCUCAUCCUGGAUGUCUUCUGUGGGAGUCAGAUGCACUUUGUCCGCAGUGAUGAACUACGGGAAGCUUGGAGGAUCUUCACGCCCCUCCUUCAUCAGAUAGACGGAGAGAAGCCGAAGCCUAUUCCAUACAAAUAUGGAAGCCGUGGCCCAACAGAAGCGGACGACCUUGCAAAGAGAGUUGGAUUUCGCUAUGAAGGCACUUACAAAUGGGUCAACCCACAUAGACUGUGAAUUGUGAUGAGAUGAGGGAGGAGUAGAUGUAGGAUAGUAGGAGGGGUGCAGCGGGGUAAGUGAGCCACGUCAUGUUCCAAUACUGGAGUGUCUUUGAAGAAAGAAGUGUUUCCACUGUGUGGAUCCAUCACAGUAGCAGCAAAGAAAGAAGACAUUAAAAAAAAAAAAGUAUUUCUCAGGUAUAGCAGUUACUCCAUGGAGCCAGUUCAUCAGACAGUCAAAAUACAAUUAUGAAUAUAGGCUGUCAUCAGUUUUUCCUGUAUAUUCACAGCAGCUGUCCUCAUUUUAAUUUAGAGGUGGGACCAAGUCAGUUGGAGAAGGAACAAAAACAAUUUGAACCAGGAAAUUUUUGUGAAAAAAAUAACUGUCUGAACUGGCUCCAUGUCCCCGUCUCCUUUAAUUAGGUCUUAAUUUGUCAGGAUGGUAAAUGGAAUAACUGUAACGUGAACAGAGCAGAUCAACAACAAAACACUCAACUGAGUCAUGCUCUCCCAGUACUGUACUGUACCAAAGAAUGGUAACUGAACACAACAGAGACGAGGAACAGGAAUGAUUGUCCACCAGCUGUCACUCUGAUAACCAUUGUGAUUGCAAUACCUUUAUGCUUUGACUGCAUUUAAUAAUCAUGCUUAGUGAAAUUCAUUUUUACAAUUCCAUACCCUUUUUUUUUUUUCUUUUUCCCCUGCCUGGGACCAAGGACAUGAUGGCUGUUCACGGUAAAUACACUUGUUUAUAAAGGGCAAUGCAGGCAGUUUCGCUUCAAAGCAUUCAUACUGGAAUAGUCUUAAGUGUCCUUCUGGACGAGCAAAGUGAGCUCUUUUUCUUGUUUAGUAGCCUCCUCUGAGCUUUAUUUCCUUUUGUUUACAUUUUUCCAGGUUUAUUUAAGUUGUUAUUUCAUAUUUCAAAAUAUCCAGACAGCAGCGGUGUCUGCCACAGGUCAACAGUGAAUGUCUUUGUAAUGAAGAGCUGUAUACUGCUGUUAACUGCACAUUCAUGUAAAGCUAAGCUACAUUUCCACACCUUGUAAUAAACUAGUUUUGCUUCUG